UACAGCAGCGCGGACCCAUCUCUCUCUCUGUCUCUCUCUCUCGCCCUUUCUUCGACUCUAGAAAACCCUAAUUCACCAAUCAAUCGAUACACAUCAUCCACUCUUCUCUUUCUCUUUCUAAAUUAUUCACAUACUCUCUCUACUACAUGCAACCAUAUAUGUAUACACAUCGAUCAUUCAAUCACCUUUAAGUUCCCAUUUUUUCACAUUUCGAUUUCCCCUCGUUUUCAUACGCUCAAUCUAUCUCGAUCUUCAAUUUUUUUUUCUUUUUCUAAUUAAUUUUCUUCUUAAAGUUUGUAAUUUAAUUGGGUUUUGAUAUAAAGAGAAAAGCACAAGGCUGGCGAUUGGCGCCGGAAUCAGGUGAUGGCGGAUCCGCCACUUGUACGCCCGCAAUUGCCGCUCCAAUCGUCGAUUUUUGCUUUCUUAGGUUUAGGUUUUGGAACUGAGGUAGGAAUAGAGUGGAGAGCAUUGAAUUCGCUAGAGCUUUCUGUACAAUGCUAACUGUGCUGCGGGUGCACCUUCCGUCCGAUAUUCCUAUUGUUGGGUGUGAGCUGACACCGUACGUGCUAUUGAGACGCCCGGACAAGCCUGUUACUACUGAUGAUGUUACCGAGUUCAAUCCCGUGGACGGCCAUUUCUUGAGAUAUAAAUGGUACCGUAUACAAAGUGAUAAAAAAGUUGCAGUCUGUAGUGUCCACCCAUCUGAGCAAGCAACAUUGCAGUGCCUUGGUUGUUUGAAGGCCAAAAUACCAAUUGCUAAGAGUUACCAUUGUUCUCCUAAAUGUUUUUCAGCUGCAUGGCAACAUCAUCGUGUUUUACACGAGCGUGCUGCUAGUGCUGGAAAUGAAAAUGGAAAUGAUGAGGAAGAAGUUUUUGGUCGUUUCAACAGUACAGGGAGUACAGGAUCUGGCGUUGUAAAUUUGAGCUUAUCUGGGUCUCAAUCAAGCUCCAGCUUGACAAAUGGUGCCACAACUCUGUAUCCACCAACAGUUACUCAGAGGAAUGGUGGUGAAACAUGGUUUGAAGUUGGCCGUUCUAAGACAUACACUCCAACAGCUGAUGAUAUCGGACAUGUCCUUAAUUUUGAGUGUGUCGUAGUAGAUGCAGAAACAAAAUCACCUGUGGGACAUUCUAAUUCCAUAUUAACGUCCUGUGUAAUUCCUGCUCCAUCUCCCAGUCCCCGGCGCCUGAUUUCAGUGAGUGGAGUUGAUGUUCCUGGGCAUUUAGAUAUGGAUGGCAGCAUUUCAUCUGCAGGGACUUUUACUGUGCUCUCAUACAACAUUUUAUCCGAUGCGUAUGCUACAAAUGAAUUAUACAGUUAUUGCCCCUCUUGGGCUCUUUCUUGGGCUUACCGCAGGCAAAACCUGCUACGUGAAAUAGUGGGCUACCGUGCAGAUAUUGUUUGUCUUCAAGAGGUUCAAAGCGAUCAUUUUGAGGAAUUUUUUGCACCUGAGCUGGAUAAAUAUGGAUAUCAAGCUUUGUUUAAAAGAAAAACAGCAGAGGUUUUCAGUGGAAAUAUCAACACUAUCGAUGGUUGCGCUACUUUCUUCCGCCGAGAUAGAUUUUCACAUGUCAAGAAAUAUGAGGUUGAGUUUAACAAAGCCGCACAAUCUCUGACAGAUGCUGUGGUUCCAACUGCUCAGAAGAAAACUGCCCUAAAUCGAUUGGUCAAGGAUAAUGUUGCCCUAAUCGUAGUGCUAGAAGCCAAGUUCAGUAACCAGGGUGUUGAUAAUCUGGGGAAGAGGCAGCUUGUUUGUGUGGCAAACACGCAUGUAAAUGUUCAUCAAGAUUUGAAGGAUGUCAAGCUUUGGCAGGUUCACACACUGUUGAAAGGAUUGGAAAAGAUUGCUGCAAGUGCAGACAUCCCAAUGUUGGUGUGUGGAGAUUUCAAUUCGGUUCCUGGAAGGUUUCUCUUCUUUCAUUUUUCACUAUAUGAUCACGUAAUGAGACACGUAUUCUACACCUCUUCUCAUAAAGAAUACUUCAAUAAUACUACGAAAAUUAUACAUUUGUACCCUAGGACUGUCAUUCAUAACCUCAGAAAUUUUGCGCUUUCAGCGGACUCCUUAAGUGUGGAGUCACUCUUGGAGCUUCUGGAUGAGGAUAGUUUGCGAAAAGAUACGGCUCUUCCUUCUCCGGAGUGGUCAUCAGACCAUAUAGCACUCUUAGCUGAAUUCCGCGGCAAACCUAGAAAUAGACGAUGACACUGGGUGUGGCCUGAAAAUGAAUUUUAAAAAAAGUUGUUCAAACUAUUCAAGGACAGAGAAAAGUGAUUGUAAGAAUGUUGAAUCAUUCUUUCCUGAUCAUUUCCUAGGUGUAUCAUUAGUGUGAUCUUUAGAUUUUUGCUCCUUUGUAUCAUGCCACGUCUCAUAGAAAAACUUACUGUGAUAUCUAUUUAAUUCCGUCCUUUUUUCCUUCAAAAGAAAUAUAAUUUAGUGAUGUUCCAUGUGCAUAUGAUCAGGCAUUUUUAUACACUGGAAAUACGAAUUUUCCCUGCUGAAAGGGUUGUCAGUCUCGUUGCGUUAUUUUAUUUAUUUUUUAUUA